AUGGUGGAGGGUAUUUAUGAGGGGGCAAGGCUUGACGAUGGGACACCACAUUACCCUUGCAACCUGGUACGAAAUGACUCUUUAUCCGUUAUAAUCUGCUCACCUUCCGACAGCUCCUUGAACCAAUGGGCUCUGGACUUCCAAGGUAACCUUGAACGAAUUCUCGCCAGUAUCGCGACCGCAAAGGAACGUGGUGCAACUCUGAGAGUCGGCCCCGAGUUGGAAAUCCCUGGGUAUGGAUGUUUGGACCACUUUCUCGAGGGUGAUACCGUUCUUCACUCCUGGGAGGUUUUGGCCAAGAUACUGGCUUCAGAGGAAGCGCAGGGCAUUGUCUGCGACGUUGGGAUGCCUGUUGUCCACAAGAAUGUCAUCUACAACUGCCGAGUUAUCAUCCACGACCGCAAGAUUCUCCUGAUCCGCCCUAAAAUGUGGCUAGCAAACGAUGGUAAUUAUCGGGAGCUGCGCUAUUUCACGCCGUGGAUGAAACAUCGCCAAUGGGAGGACCACUAUCUUCCUCGAAUCAUUCAAGUUAUCACUGGCCAGACCAAGGUUCCCUUCGGAGAUGCAGUUAUCAGCACUCAAGAUACCUGCAUUGGCGUCGAACUGUGUGAAGAGCUGUUCACUCCCGCCAGCCCCCACAUUCUUAUGGGUCUCGAUGGCGUAGAGAUCUUCACCAACUCGAGUGGCAGCCAUCACGAACUACGAAAGCUCUACACUCGCGUUGAGCUUAUCAAAGAAGCCACUUUGAAACUGGGCGGGGUCUACUUGUAUGCAAAUCAACAAGGCUGUGAUGGUGACCGUCUCUAUUAUGACGGAUGUGCGUUAAUCGCAGUCAACGGCCGCAUCGUUGCCCAAGGGUCUCAAUUUUCGCUUAAUGAUGUCGAAGUCGUCAGCGCAACAAUCGACAUUGAGGAUGUCCGAGCGCAUCGGGCAAAGAGCAGCCGUAGUAUGCAAGCCGCCGCAGCCGAGCGAUACCACCGUGUUGAAGUUCCAUUCGCUUUGACUUCGGGCAAGUUCGACAGUGUUAGGGAAGAUAACAUGUCCGCACUCCUGUCUACCGGCUCGUCCUUCAACCUCCGUUACCAUAGUCCUGAAGAAGAAAUAGCACUAGGUCCAGCGUGCUGGUUGUGGGACUAUCUCCGCCGAUCCCGCACGCAAGGUUAUUUCGUUCCCCUCAGUGGAGGCAUUGAUAGCUGCGCGACCGCCGUCAUCGUUUACUCUAUGUCUCGACUUGUAGCUGAGGCAGCCCGUCGCGGAGAUUCGCAAGUGAUUUCAGAUGCUCGCAGAAUCGCUGGUGAACCUGAAAACUCAAGCUAUAUUCCCCUUGAUCCUCGUGAAUUUACUGGUCGCAUAUUCCAUACUUGCUACAUGGGCACCGAGAACUCAAGCAAAGAAACGCGGCAACGUGCUAAAGAUCUGUCUGAAGCUAUAGGAAGCUAUCACGUCGACUUGAACAUGGACAUGGUCGUCAAAGCGGUGCUCACUCUUUUCACUGGUGUCACCAGACGCGAGCCUAAAUUCCGCGCUCACGGAGGCUCAGCGGCGGAAAAUUUGGCUCUACAGAACAUACAAGCACGACUGCGGAUGGUGUUAUCGUACCUGUUUGCACAACUUUUGCCCUGGGCUCGAGGCAGGAUUGGUGGGCUUUUGGUCCUAGGCAGUGCGAAUGUUGACGAGAGUCUUCGAGGCUAUCUAACCAAAUAUGACUGCUCUUCUGCUGAUAUCAAUCCCAUCGGUGGCAUUAGCAAGACGGACUUGAAGAAAUUCAUCGCUUAUGCUGAAAAGGCUUUCCCGCUGCCAAUCCUUUCCAGCUUCUUGAGCGCCGUUCCAACUGCAGAACUAGAACCAAUCACGGAGACCUACGUGCAAGCCGACGAGGCUGAUAUGGGAAUGACUUAUGAUGAAUUGUCCGUGUUUGGACGCCUUCGCAAGGUAGAAAAAUGUGGCCCAUAUAGCAUGUUCACCAAGUUGGUGCAUGAGUGGGGUUCUUUCUUGUCGCCAGUGCAGAUUGCCGAUAAAGUCAAGCUCUUUUUCUUCGAACAUGCGCGCAACCGACAUAAGAUGACCACACUCACACCUUCCUAUCAUGCAGAAUCCUACAGUCCGGAUGACAAUCGCUUCGAUCUCCGACCUUUCCUCUACCCCUCACGUUUCCCUUGGCAGUUUAAGAAGAUAGACGAGAUCGCUGCAGUCCUUCCAGAUCGCUCCGUAGCAGUUAUCCAAGAGAAAGCCAAACAGGAUUGA